AAAGUAGGCAAUGGCGCUUUAACUUUUUUCCGUUUUAACCCUUUUCAAUUUCAAGCUUCGGUUCUUCUUCUGAAAACCAUGCUUUCUCGAAUCUCUAGGUUUCGACAUACUGGCAGCUGCGGCUUACCUUCUCUGUUACCAGUAGCUGUUUCCGGGCCUCAUUUAUCUGAAAACUCUCUCUUUGGUUCAGUUGGAUUUUCUAAAGAUGAUGAAGCAAUUUCUACUGCUACCAAGUUUUGGUACAUUGGCAUUUGGCAGCUUUUUUUCAUUAGUGGAUCAUGGUCUCAGUUUUGCUAUUCAACAAAUGCGACCGUUCACUCUCAGAACCCUCUCUUGUCGAACUACCUCAUCAAAUCACUGGGAUUCUCCAGAUAUGAAGCAAAUGCUGCAGCUACCAAGUUGAACAGCGUGAAAGCACCUAAGAAUCCUGAUUUGGUAAUCAAAUUCUUCCAAGAGAUGGGUUUAGAACGGACAGAGAUCAAGAAAUUAGUUUCUAUUACACCGAGACUGCUUUUUUCUGAUGUAAACAGAACCCUUAAACCCAAGUUUCAGUGUCUGCGAGAAGUGAGGGUAUCUGGAUCUGACCUAGUUGAUCUCUUCCUAGCAGAUGGAAAAGCUUUGUAUAAUGCAGUAGGUUCUCAUUUGAGGUCUAAUUUGGAUUUUCUUAGGAAACUAGUUAGUAGCGAGGAAACUUUGGUUAAACUUAUAAAGAGGUCACCUUAUUUACUUGCUGUCAAUGGUCCAAAAAGAUUUGAACCCAAAAUAUUGUUGUUGCAAAAAUUUGGUUUUUCAAAUGCCCAAAUCGAGAAACUUAUACUUCAGAAACCACGUAUACUUCUGCAAAAAUUCGAGUGGCUAGAGGAGAUAUUGCACAAAGCUGAAAAGGAUUUACAGAUUUCUCCCACAUCUGGAAUGUUCAUGUACGGAGUUCUUGCAGUUAUCGCACUAGGUAAGUUAACAGUGGAAAACAAAAUGGGAGUUUUCAGGAGUUGUGGAUGGUGUGAUCAGGAUAUAAUGACUGUGUUCAGAAAGCAACCCCUCUGUUUGGCUAUGUCAGAAGCUAGAGUUCUGCGAGCAUUGGACGUUUUCACUAGGGUACUCGGAUGCAAACCAGAAUACUUGAUUAGUAAUCCUGCGCUUCUAAUGCUUAGCCUGGACAAGAGAGUGAUUCCUAGAAAUCAAGUACUGAAAGUUUUAGAGGAGAAGAAGCUGAAUCAGAAAGUAUCUUUUUCUCGAGCUAUGUAUAUAUCUGAACCUAUGUUUCGUUCAGAAUUUGUGCUUCCUUACAAGGAUGAGAUACCUAAUCUAUAUGAGUCAUAUGUGACAUGUGUGAGCCGUUAGAAGUCAUGAUGAUCAGUCAAAUGAGAGUGCUUGUUUAUGGACUCUACCUAGACUGCAGAUUCAACAACUAACUAGUUGCAGCAUGUAAAGAGGUUUAUUGUAGCAACUGAGUCUGCAUUACUCUUAGUUGAAGAUGGAGUUGCACAAUUCUUUUGCCUUCCAAGACUUAGCAACAGCUAGGUAAUAGAGGGAGACAGAUUCUUUGAGUUCCUUUUUGGCUUCACACCUCGUGUCCGGUACCUACGUUGGUUCUGACUAAAUCUGGAUUUGCAUCGGGAAUGCUAGAAUAAUACAAUGAGAUGGCAUUAGGAUUUGUUUUGGAUAAAUUCUCAUGUAUAACCUAUUGGUUGAAGUUUGACAGAGCACCACAUCUAAUAUCUUUAAUACUUGAAACCCUCAAAAAACCCAAAAUUAAUCCGCUUGAAACCCUCAAAAAACCCAGAAUUUGUAGUCGAUUUCUUUCAAAAAAAUGAUUUUGAUAAUACCCAAAUCAAGAACAUUGUCUCCAAAUCCCCCAAAGUACUAUUCUCUAAUGUAGACAAAACGCUUAAACCAAAACUCGAGAUUUUACAAGAAAUUGGGCUUUCUG